AUGGCGACAGAAAACCAAGCCGACACGUUAGAUCCCUUCCCUGCUCUUGACACUUCAAGCACUCUCUUUGGUACUCUGCAGACAACCAAAGUUUACAAUCCUCUCGGAUCAGCUUCGGCUCCACUUUCCACGUCUCCCUUCGCCGCCUUUCAGAUAUCUCCAACAGAUAUACUAGAUACGAUAACAGAAAGAAAACCAUGUCCUACGUGUAACAGAUUCGUCAAGUAUUUCUGCCAUGAUUGCUUUGUCGUGGAUAAAGCAUGUGAGAACGUGAUGCCCAAGUUGGAAUUGCCUAUUGACAUUGAUGUUAUAAAACAUCCGGGUGAACGUUCAGGAAAAUCGACAGCAAUCCACGCGCGUUUAAUCUCUCCAACUUCCGUCUCCGUCUAUCCCAGUACCUCGAUUCCCGCGUACUCUGAUCCAUCUCGCAUACUGCUUUUGUAUCCUGCACCCGAUGCCCAAACACUCGAUACAAUACCUCUCGACUCUUUUGACAAACUUGUCGUAAUAGAUGGUACCUGGAAACAAGCCAUAAGCAUCUUGAAAUACACGACAGCCUUGUCUUCUUUUCGCAAGGUCACAUUGCAUCCGCGCAAGACUAUGUUUUGGCGAUAUCAAAAUCGGAGCGAGAAUUAUCUCGCUACUAUAGAAGCUAUUUAUUAUUUUCUUGUUGAAUACCGCGAAAAAGAUAAAGGCGAAUACAAUGGCGAGUUUGAUAAUUUGUUAUGGUGGUAUAAGUACUUUUAUGAACUUAUUCAAGGCGUGUAUAGGGGCGACCCAGAGGGAAAGCGAUUUAAUAGUAGGCAUAGGAAAGAUUAUAUUACGUACGAGUGA